AUGUCUAGUAAAGCUGCUGUUUUUAAUGGCAACAUUGAAGACCCAUUUUAUACAAUUGAGUCUCUUCCAAUCCCCUCAGUCCCCAAGAACAAGAUCCUAGUUGAAGGUAUUUCAUACGCCUUCAACCCAACAGACUGGCUCCACAUUUUAUUCAAGCUAGGUCCAGCAGGCUCUGUCAUAGGAUCAGAAGUUAGUGGAGUUGUUCGAGAAGCGGGAUCAGAAGUAGAAGGGUUUUCAAAGGGAGACUUUGUAACUGGCUGGGUGCGAGGCGGGUAUGAAAAAGAUGUUGGUGGUUUUCAGGAGUUUGUUCUCCUUGACCCUGUCUUUGCCCUUAAACUCGACAAAUCAAAGAUCAAAGAAUCCAUAUUACCAGUGGGUAUUUCUCCGACUGGGUUUAUCGAUACGUGGGAAGGUGCUGCAGGCAUAACUUCUGGACUAACCACAGCAGGUGCGGCUUUAGCCCAUGACUUCCAAUUGCAACCGCAACCACGAACUAACUCUGAGUAUCAGGAUGAUUAUCUUUUAAUUUGGGGAGGUUCGUCAUCAGUUGGAAUAUUUGCCAUUCAACUAGCUAAGCUAAUUUAUGGCAUCAAGGUUAUUGUAACUGCUUCCAAGAAACAUGCUGAGUUUCUCAGGAGUAUUGGCGCAGAUGCAGUUGUGGAUUACAAAAGUAGCGAUGCAGUGGAUCAGAUUAAGAAGAUUGGUUCAGGAAAAAUCUACUACGCAUUAGACAUUAUUGCUAAUUUAGAAACCUUUCAAGCUGUUUAUGAUGCCACUCUGGCUACCAAAUCUGGGAAGGUUAUCAUUGAUAACCUUGCGCUUGUUGAUGAGAGCUCUAUCAAACUCGACCCAGAAAGAACAAACGUCAAAUUUCGCAGGACUUUAGUGUAUACCCUAAAUGGAAAGCCAUCAAGUUGGGGACCACAUAUAAUUGACCCGACUGAAGAAGCUACUAGAGACUACAAGCACUUCUGGGAGCAGGUCUUACCACCAUAUCUUUCCAAGAUUAAGCACAACAGGUUGAAGAUUUUGGAGCCCGGACUUGAAUCCGUGGCUAAGGGCCUUGAAUUGUACAAGGAUAACAAAGUUAGUGGUGAAAAGGUUGUGUUCAGGAUCAAGUAA